GGUACCCAGCGUUUCCCACAACAGCAGAGUUUCCCAACCCUCGACACAACCUACGUGCGCUCCGUCAACCUUCUUUUUUUAUUUUCUCUUUGAAAUUCUUUCAACUGUAGAUAUCCUUGUGGCUGAACUCAUUAGGGACCGAAUAAGUAGUCAACAACUUUUGAUUGAUUUCACUUGUUAGAAAAAUACACAUUUUUUUUGUGUGUCAGCGGUCAUGCGUGUAUGUGCCAGUCAUCUUUAAGAACCUUUUUUUUCCUCCUCCUCCUCAGAGCAGUGGAAUGUGGGGCUUAUGUCAGUGAGAGUCAGUAAUUUUGCUUCGACUGGUACUAAUUACUCACUCCCCCUUCGAGACCUUGCGGGCGCUCCUCUUCCCCCUUGGGUUGCGGUGUUUCUCCUGCGAGAGAGCCAAGAGUCAGUGCCGGGAGGAACUGUGUGUAGCGUGACCGAGGAGGAGAAGAAGAGAAGAACAGAAACUGAGGUCUCCCCCCGCAACAGUUUGCCGGGAGCGGACUGUCGCACUUCCCCUGGGCUGUCACACUUCUUCUGGGCUGACGGAGAAUAUGCACCUGCGGGGGUGCCUGUCCUGUCCGUCCAGCCUCACUAUCUGAGGAGCUUCGCAAGCGAAUGACUGAUCGACUUCAGUGCCGCCACUGCGCUUGAACCAGGCUCCAUAACAGAUUGGAUGGUUUUGCCAUAAUGACAGCAGAGGACUCCGCCACGAAACCCAACACCAUGAGCGCCCCCAACCCCAGCUCCCAGCCUGCCUGCUACCCUCAUCAAUCCCACCCCAUGGUGCCCGAGGGGGUAGCCGGGGCCCCCAACGAGGCGGCCUUGGUGUCCCUGAUGGAGCGUACGGGCUACGGCAUGGUCCAGGAGAACGGCCAGCGGAAGUACGGUCCCCCGCCCAGUUGGGAGGGCUCGGCCCCACCACGGGGCUGCGAGAUCUUCGUGGGGAAGAUCCCGCGCGAUGUCUACGAGGACGAGCUGGUGCCCAUCUUUGAGUCGGUGGGCCGUAUCUACGAGAUGCGCCUGAUGAUGGACUUCGACGGGAAGAACCGGGGCUACGCCUUCGUCACGUACACCCAGAAGCACGAGGCCAAGCGGGCCGUGCGGGAGCUCAACAACUACGAGGUCCGCCCGGGCAGACUCCUGGGGGUGUGCUGCUCCGUGGACAACUGCCGCCUCUUCAUCGGGGGCAUCCCCAAGACCAAGAAGCGCGAGGAGAUCCUGGAGGAGGUCUCCAAGGUGACGGAGGGCGUUCUGGACGUCAUCGUGUACGCCAGCGCCGCCGACAAAAUGAAGAACCGGGGCUUCGCCUUCGUGGAGUACGAGAGCCACCGGGCGGCGGCCAUGGCCAGGAGGAAGCUGAUGCCGGGCCGCAUCCAGCUGUGGGGCCACCAGAUCGCCGUGGACUGGGCGGAGCCGGAGAUCGACGUGGACGAGGACGUGAUGGAGACUGUGAAGAUCCUCUACGUCCGCAACCUGAUGAUCGAGACGGCGGAGGAGACGUUGCGGCAGAUCUUCGGCCAGUUCAACCCCGGCUGCGUGGAGCGCGUCAAAAAGAUCCGCGAUUACGCCUUCGUGCACUUCGCGAACCGCGGAGACGCCGUCCUGGCCAUGGACAACCUCAACGGCACGGAAGUGGAGGGCUCUUGCAUCGAAGUGACUCUCGCCAAGCCUGUCGACAAGGAGCAGUACACCCGCUACCAGAAGGCAGCAAAGGGGGCCACCCCUGCUCCAGAGACCUCCCAGACCAACUACAUUUACCAGUGUGACCCCUACACCCUGACUUACUAUGGGUACCCUUACAACGCACUGAUAGGGCCCAACAGAGAAUACUUCAUCAAAGCAGGUACUGUAAGAGGGCGGGGCCGUGCAGCCUCAGGGAGCAGGGCUACGGGGCCUCGAGGGUCUUAUCUGGGGGGAUACUCGGCCGGCCGUGGCAUCUACAGCAGGUACCACGAGGGCAAGGCCAAGCUGCAGGACAAGCCAUAUGAGCUGGUGCCCAGCCUGGAGCUGGCAGCCGUCAACCCAGUGGGCAUCAAGCCUGGCGCAAGUCAGUUGGCCCUCCCAACUCUGGGGGGUCAGUACCCCGUAUUCUCCAGUGGCCCCACAGCUAAGCUGUUGGAGGACGGGAAGAUGCAUGCGGUUGAGCACCUGAUCAACCCCCUGGCCCUCCAGCAUGACCCCACGACGGCUACCGCCGCAACUGCCACCGUCCUUCCCACUGUCUCCACCCCACCCCCAUUCCAGGGCCGUCCCAUCACCCCGGUGUACGCCAUGGCCCAUAACCUCCAGCGCAUCCCGACGGCCGCGGCGGCGGCAGGCCUUUACGGAGCUGGCUAUGGGGCCAGCUAUGUGCCCAUUGCCGCGCCGACCACCGCCACCCUGGCGGCCCUGCAGAAGAACGCGGUGGUGGCAGCGGCCGCGUAUGGGGGCUACGCCGGGUACGUACCUCAGGCCUUUCCCACCACCACCUUCCAGGUGCCCAUUCACGACAUCUACCAGACCUACUGAAAACCCCCGUUCAUGACAUCUACCAGACCUACUGAAGACCCCCGUUCACGACAUCUACCAGACCUACUGAAGAUGCCUGUUCAUGACAUCUACCAGACCUACUGAAGACCCCCGUUCAUGACAUCUACUAGACCUACUGAAGAUGCCCGUUCACGACAUCUACCAGACCUACUGAAGACGCCCAUUCAGACAUCUACCAGACCUACUGAAGAUGCCCAUUCACGACAUCUACCAGACCUACUGAAGACCCCCGUUCAUGACAUCUACCAGACCUACUGAAGACGCCCAUUCACGACAUCUACCAGACCUACUGAAAACGCCCAUUCAGACAUCUACUAGACCUACUGAAGAUGCCCGUUCACGACAUCUACCAGACCUACUGAAGACGCCCAUUCAGACAUCUACCAGACCUACUGAAGAUGCCCAUUCACGACAUCUACCAGACCUACUGAAGACCCCCGUUCAUGACAUCUACCAGACCUACUGAAGACGCCCAUUCACGACAUCUACCAGACCUACUGAAAACGCCCAUUCAGACAUCUACCAGACCUACUGAAGACGCCCAUUCAUGACAUCUACCAGACCUACUGAAGACGCCUGUUCACGACAUCUACCAGACCUACUGAAGACGCCUGUUCAUGACAUCUACCAGACCUACUGAAGACGCUCGUUCACGACAUCCACCAGACCUACUGAAGACGCCCAUUCAUGACAACUACCAGACCUGCUGAAGACGCCCAUUCAGGACAUCUACAAUACCUACUGAAGACGCCCACUCAUGACAUCUACCAGACCUACUGAUGACGCCCAUUCACAACCUCUACUAUACCUACUGAAGACGCCCGUUCACGACAUCUACCAGACCUACUGAUGACGCCCAUUCACAACAUCUACUAUACCUACUGAAGAACCCUCAAGCCCCCUACAGGGAUGAAGAGGACACUGAAGGAACACUGAAGUCCCUUUUUUAUCUGUUUGUCAUUUGUUGGUUUGUACCCAAAGCUUGGGAGUUUUUAACUGAAAUGAAAUUAACUUUUAAAAAUAUUAACAAAAAACAGAACUUCAGGACAGAAACAAAAGAAGACCACUGAAGAAAAAUGUGACAAAAAAGCAUAUAUUUUGAGAAAUACGACAGAUGUUAACAGGAGUUAAUAUCUAUCUCGAGUUUUAUAGACAAUUUAAUGGGGUAUUUUUGACAUUUGCAUCUUCCGUCCUUACACUGUCUACAGUUUAGAAAGAGGGUGUUUAUCAUUAUUAAUGUUCAUGUUUUAUUAUUUUUACUGCUUUGGUUAUGUUUUUGUGAAUGUUAUUCUUGCUCUUGAGGUGUUUUAUCUUUAUAAAAUUAUGUGAUGCUGUAUGAAGUUUUUAUAUCAGUGGUGCACUCCAGGAUUAGAUUGCUUUUCACUGAACAUGUGUCUCUAAGAAUGCAUAAUGACUGCACAUGCAAAAGACAACCACACACUGUGACACUUAAGUCAUGGUGAUAAUAAGAAAGAACUGGCACAGGUACUACUGACAAUUGUUAUUUUAAUAUUUUCAGCUUUGUUGAAACGUCUUGGGUAUCAAACUUUCUUUUGAAAGAUUGGAAUGCUGAGAUAUACUGUACCUGAAGUCUGUGAGAAUGUGACAGAAUUUGGUUGACCUGAGGAAUAGUACUAUAAAGCUAGAACUCUUGUGGGCCUAUUGUACUAUUGACCUCUUAGAGCACUAUAGAGUACAGUACAUCUAUAAGACUGAGGAAGCAGCAGAUGAAGGUGUGAGGAUGACUAGCUUCUGUGGUCCUCUACAACCAAGUGAGUGAGUUUCCCAUAAAAUGAUGGUAUAUUUAAGUUUAAGUGUGUUUCUCUUAUGUGACGUAUCCUACAUGUGAUUUUAAAAAUAUAUAUAUUUUGUAGCCUCUAUUGCCACUGUGCUGGGCUUUCCACUAUAUUUAAAUGGGAACGUUGCCCAAAAUUACAUUUUUUGGACUGACCAGUUAUAAUAUGAUAGAAAGGUACCCAUUACAACAAUAUUAUUUCCUUGUUUUCUAUCUCAAUUUCUGGAGAGUGUAUGACUGGCACAAUUAACAUCACAUCAACUCUCAAUGUAUAAGCAAUACAUAGGUACAGUAUAAGUCAAAGACGUGUGUUUUGAAUGCAGGACAUAACCAGCAGCAUAUAUAAACUAAAACUUUGAAAACAUUUUUUUUAACGUUUUAUCACUGUAGCAUGUAGAUUAAGACAUAGUAUGUCUUAGAUUUGAAUAGGGAUGUCUGGAGAAAGAAAUGUGAAAAUGAUCUUCUUACCAAAAGAAACACUCCUCUUGUACUUAUUUUCUUUAGAGCCUGAAGCACUCCACAGGGGCUGAUAUUACAUUCUAUUUAUCUUUCAUUUUGUUUUGGAUUCAGCACAGGAGACGACACAUAUAUGAAAGAAGGGGACUUGGCAUUUUGCAAGAAGUGUGAAAAAAGACACAUUCAUUGCCUGAAUCUUGCUUUUGGGUCCAUAUGAGAAAGUUAUUAGACACAUUCCCUAAUGUAAUAUCAUAUGCACUUUUCUGUACUCUGUGUCAGUAUGAAGGACGUUGCAUUUUGUACAGUACCGCACGUAUACAUGGUAAAAUCCUGAUAAUGUUCUCAGUGCACUGUGUUGCCCCACAGUUCCUAUCAGCUCCUCUGAGAACAACAGAAGUUUGAGUGCACUUACUUGAGUGUCAUCAAGUAUACGUGAAUGCCUAAUCUUUCACAGUACUUAUACACCAUUUCCUAUUUUAUAUAUGAGACCAGGUCUAGGUACAAUACAUGCAUUUUGAUGAAGUAACUUCUACAUUUAAAUUGAAGCCAAACAAAUAUGCAAUAGAGGGGCGAUUCUGUAGGUUGUCUAUUUUCCAGCUGGGUUUCUCCACUGUAGUCUCAAUGAAAGUAAGAAUAUUAGCUUGGAUGUGUGAAAACUUUCGCAAAAAAUGGUUUCUAUUUAGGGUAUCUUUUUCUAUCUCAAGGGUUUUUUCUGUGGUUCGCUUUGAAAUGUUUAAUCAGAGCAAGCUGCACCCAUUUUGUAUUGGUGUAUGUACGUGCCUUAAGGUUGCUUUAAAUGUUUGGUCCUUCCUUUUCAUUAUUUUGAGAGUGUUUAUAUGACUAUAAUAUUAUUUCUGACAGGAGUAAUGUCACUGUCCUUGUGUAACUGUCCCAUGUCAGAGACUGUGGUCUAUCUUGGCCAAAAGAGGGGAUGGUACACAGCUAUGUGAUGCAGAAGAAAAUACUUUGAUGCUGGCAUUGCUUGCUGCAUGGACUUGCGUCUUGUUCCACUGUAUUUCAAUGUGUUUAAAAAUUUUGGUAUUACCUUGCUGGAACAGGAACUUUGAUGCCCAUGCAGUGUUCGUAGCCUGUUUAAAGGCUGUCCUUGUGGUGUUUGGAAAUGUUUUUAACCUAUAAAAUAUUCCUUAUUAACUCUCAUUAUGACAACAGGCAUCAGGACAUAUUUAAUAUAUGCAGUGAGAGUGUGUUGUAUGUGAAGCUAAGCAAAAAUACUGAGAAGAUAUAGUAUAAUAUAUUUGGAAGAAACAUAUCCGAUGACUUUAUUUCUCUUUUUACAUAACCUCAACCCCAUCUGUUUGCCAAAGUGUCCAACUGAUAUUAGAACAUUUGAUAAAAAAGUUCAUAUUAUGUGUUGUGCUAAUAUGUUAUAAAACGAGGAGGAGGGCAAAGUGCUCCCUAAUCCAUUUCAGAGAGUAUGCAGUUUCAUUUAAACUCAAUUCUGACUUAGGGAAUUGGCACGCCUCCUAUGAAGAACCCAUUAUUCUCCUGCGAUCAUUUCACUAACACUACAUAAGUAGUAUCCUUAACUUGAAAAGGUUUCUAGCUACUUAAACGAACAAUGCUUUAAUAGUCUAUGAAAUAUUUAGACAAUGUUUUAGUGUGCCUUUUUGCCAAAAUGUACUUUGUCUUCUGUAUCUUCUUAGGACUUUUAUCUGUUUUCUAUUUUUUGUGAUGUUUUAAAAAACUUAUUCAGGACUAUUUGUCUUUAUAGUUGUAAGUAGUUAAUAAAGCAUUUUAAAAAGGA